UGUCCUCGUCUUCGAGGCAGCCCAUACUGUUGCUUUUUAGUGUUAUUGCACUAUCUCUGCUGAAAUGGAGCAUCGGUCACCGGUGUCGGGACCCGGUGCUUGAAAGCUUCUUUAGUUUUCCUUUCCUUCUAUUAUACUUUCCCGUUUCCUAAUUCUCAUAUUUUUUUUAUUCUGCUCUGCGCACCUGUUCAUCCUAGGACAGGUGCCACCGGCAGUUAUGUCGGACUCUCUCAGGGAUCCUGGAAAUAGAGGGCCAUCUUCUUUUGAACCAGACAAAUCUACCGGCAUCGAGGAUGUCCGGACUCCUACACUCGAUUCCAAGGAUUACUCCCCUCGGACACAAAAUGAUCUGGACAGCCGUCAGGCAAAUUCGACCGUGGAUUUCCAGGAUACGCAAUCAUUGUCUUCUUCUUCUUCGCCCCCAUGGCAUAAGGAUUCUAUUUCUCCAGGAACAGAACUUCAGCGUAAACGGAAACGUUCUCUAACGACUGACAACUUGGCAAAACCACUUUUGACGGACCAUAUGGAUGCUGACCACGAGGAUCCUACCACUUUACAUUCUAUGCCGAAUGUCAAACGGGCAAAGACCGGGGAAACUGUUGCAAUGCCGGAAAGAAGUUCUAUUCCCGUCGACAAAUCCAAGUUACCCAAGGAGUUAUGGCAGCAUAUUUUUACUUUCCUUCCUCCGGCCACACUUGGUGUCCUAUUGCGUGUCAAUAAAGCCUUCAAUUCUUACCUCACUUGCAGUGAGACGGAUUUCUCCAGCACUCCUCGCUCUACUGGUUUAUUAAGAUUCCAAACUCAGGAUUCCAUCUGGUCCAUUUCCCGUAAAACCUUCGUCCCAGGCAUGCCACGGCCAUUGAUAGACAAGACUGAGCUUGAAAUGUGGCGUUUGACCCGUGGACUCUCCUGCCAGUUCUGUGGAAAGUCCAGGAUACCGACUCGACCUGAGUCGUCACCCUGGGAGUCCGGUCCAGGUCCCGAUGGUGUCCGUAUCAUAUGGCCUUUUGGGAUCCGGUCGUGUGGAGACUGCUUCUCUGCGAGAACCGAAAAGGAGCUAGAUGUGAUGCUCUCAUCACUCCCAACGUUCUUGAUUCCUGCGCUUCCGUUCGCCUUGGUUACCUCCACAUUGCAUUUUGUUCCAUCCGUCACUCUCCGUUCAACACCCGUUCCACCGUCUGCUGCCAUCACAAAGUAUUAUUUCAAGCCUCAUAUCGAUAGCCUGAAGCUCAAGUUCGAGGAUGUCAAAAGCCUUGGGCCGGCCGUGGUCGAGGAAUGGAUCAAGGGCCUUGACAGUAAAGGCAAGGAGCACCUGGCUGACUCUUCACGGUGGGAACAAUGGGAAGCCAACGGUGGUUUGCGCGCAGUCCAGGAAGGCGGAUCUCUCAUAGGAUCAAGGCGUCCACGCACCACUUCUCCCGCCAAAUUUGAUAAUACUGUCCCGUCUUCCGCAGAGCCAAGGCAGACUGGUUUGUCUAAUGGAAAAUGGACCUCCAGCGAGCGAAGCCCUGCCGCUUCUGCGGCCAGGUAUGGUUUAAUACUACCACCUCGGCCUUUUAGUCCGCAGGUCCAACCGGGUCACCAUUUCCAGCCACGCAUGGAACGAAAUCUGCGCGAUAUAAACGAAGCAAAGGCUGCGCGUCGGGCUGAAAUCGAGCGUCGGUGUGCUGAAAUGGAUCCUCCUCUCACCCCGUCUGUUUUAAGUCAUAUGGAAUCUUUCCUAGCUGCUAUACAAAUUCCCCAUCCCUUCACAGAUCGAGAUUGGGAGAUCCUAAAGCCCCGAUUGAUGACGCAGAGAGAGGCUGCUGAGCGAAAAGAAGAGCAGCGCCUGAGGCAGUCCCAACUCCUGCAGGCACGAUCCGAAGAACGUCGACAGCAGGAGGCCCACUUGAAGGAAGCCAAGGAGAUGCUCGACCGUGAAUGGGAAGAUGUCCAAAGACCUAUUCGGGACCGAAUGGCCAUGUAUGCUGACGAGAUAAUCAAUGAAGGUUGGCGUGGUGGUAGCGCUGUUACUAAAGAGAAAAGCCCGAAAUUUGCCGCGGAUGUGUUGAUGUAUGUUCGCAAUAAGUUCUACGGUCACAUUGAGGAAGAGGAUGCCAUUGCCCGCGCCUCAGGGAAGCCUGUUGAGCUUGAUCCACCCAACGCACCCCCUCGUCGCAAGCUGAUCCUGGAGAACAUGAAGUGGAUAUUUGAUACUAAGGUCAAACCUUUCACGGAGCAGUUCCAGAAGGAGUUGUUUAUCUGCAAUGGAUGUGAGAACAACUCUAAAUUUUACGGGUUCGAAGGCGUCAUACAGCACUACGCUGCCAAGCAUACAAAUUCUCUCAGCCUAGGCAGUGUUGUUGUGCACUGGCGGUCAGAAUGGCCCGAGAAGCCUCCCUUUCAUCCAAACCCGAGUGCUGCCAAGGCUCUUUUCAUGGCGAUGGGCCAGAAUUCCGGAUUUCCAGGACACCAAAAGCCAUCCGGGAUGUUCGUGCCUGGCACCGAUCAAGGUCAUCCUAUACACCCUGAUACCCCCUCCAUCUAUCCACAUCAGUCCCCAGGCCCGUACGGUCCUCAUCCAUAUACUCCAUAUCCUUACGCCCAUGGACCGUUCAGACCACCGUCCCCCAACAUCAGUCACUAUUAUCCUGGUUCACCGCCAGCGUAUGGAUACCCUGCUCCCCAGACAGGAUUUCCUGCUGGUGCUCCUUAUGAACAACCUGUGCCGCCACCCACAGUAUAUGGUUCUCCAUAUAUCAGACACGCCUAUCCUGUUUAUCAGAGGCCCGAUCAUCACGUCGCGCCUUAUGCGACACAGCCGUAUGGACCGCCGCCACAAUAUGUGCCGCCCUAUCAGAACAGUUCCAGGCCGCCGAAGCGUAACGGCCAGUUCCAUCAUUACAACUCACCAGCUCACUCGUUCGGGCCUUAUCAGGAUCAAGCUGAUGAAAUGGCAAGAACCGCACGUGAAGUAUGGAACAGGACCUCCGGGAUCAAGGACCUCCCAAAUAGUGUUCGGGCGCAUGUUCUGAUGUACCAUGUCAUCACCGCGUUCAGAGAGCAGUUUCAGGGAGAUCCGCCGGUGGCGCUCUUUGCUGAUUGCUUAAACAAUCACCCACAGAUGAGACCCAUCCGAAAUCUGGGCGGUCUAGCAUGUAGAGCUUGCAUUCGAGGAGAGGUCUCUGGUGGAUUCCAGCAGCCCGAAGCCGGAAAUGAUGCGAGACUCUAUACACUGCCGGCAUUGGUUAGUCACUUUCAAUCUUCCCACGGAGAAGCCGUGAAGCCUAGCAUUAUCCCGCAAACUGGGGUUGAGGUAUUGAGACCGGACUGGAAGUAUGAUAUGAUCGAACUUCCAGACGCAUCAGCAGUCGCCUUGCUUCUCCAAGCUCCCGGUGUGGAUGGGGCGAAACUUCAGCUUGUUGCCGAUGCUUUCCCGGGCGUCUUUUCAAAACGUCCUGCGUCGAGGGAAAUAGUCCAUGCAAGAUAUCAGGCUCCUUCGCCACGUGCGAAAGCACAUACAGAUGCUCGAGAGGCAAAGCGACACUGCCGUGGUCUCUCCGUUUCUACGUAUGACAAUCUGGUGGCUGAUUCAGAAGAGCGACGACGAGAGGUAUCUUCGAAUCUGUCAAGCCCUAGGCGGCGUGACUUGGAAUUAGUGGUAAGCCGCGUACAAAGGGGUAUUGAGUCCCCCAUCAGAGACUCUGCCAGGCCGUCCAGACCAUCGCGGGAUGAUGAGUACUAUCCGCGCCGGCCAUCAUCCAUCGAGCCAAGCCGAUUCCCUUAUGAGAGCAUGGGUAACAGGCCACCUGCUUCACCGCUUCACCGACAAGUAAUCAUGCAUGGGCCAUCUCACGGAUAUUCCUCUUCCAGGGACUACGAUGAUAAAUCUUCACGCGGGACUCCUGCUAGUAGAAACCAGGACAUGGAAGAGCCGGACAGGAAUGACCUUCGAUCCCAUACGUCGACGGUUGACCGCUCCAGACAUAUCUUGGCAGAUGCGACAAGUCCGCGGCUUUCCAGGCAUCGGGAGCAUUCUGCUAAGCUAGAGUAUCGAAACCUGGACAGCGAAGUACUGGCUCCUGCACAUCGUCAAGGAUCCGUCAGGGCCCGUACUCCAGGGAAGGAUCCCGAGGAUGAAAAGAUCGUUGACAAGCUUAAAGCCGAGAAAGGACCGAUAGACGAGGUCGCUUCCACUGGAAGGUUGAGCGCGGCCGAACGUUUCUUGGAGAGUUUCUUUCCUGAGCAAGAAGCAGAUACAUAUCAACCGGACGAUUCUGAAGCCCAACCUAGGAUUGAGACAUCCCCUGGACCGCAAUGGCGGCAAGCAGAAAUGGAGCCGCGGCAGUAUCGUUAUGGCCCAUCAGCUGACAGACCAGGCGAAAAGAAUCCGCGAGGUGUCCGUGGCCGCAACGCUGCCUCUAGCGGUUGGCCGAGGAGAAAAAGAAGUCCUCCUGCAGGUUCCUAUGACUACGAGGCACGAUAUGAUUCCCGCAGCAGUAGGGGCCCGCCGCCGAGGUUCUAUAACGGAAGAUCCCCUGAUCAGGCGGAUUCUCGACAAGGAAGGAGGACUGCUAGCCACCAAGAGUCCAAACGGCCGCACAGUCGAUUCGACCGCUAUGAAGCUCAACGACAAGGGUCACUACGACCACGAUCAAAGUCCCCUGGCGUCCGAGACCGAGUCCCUGCAGAAGUCUCUUAUUAUGACGAAGGCAGGCCUCAAGUCCAGUCUCGCGAUGUAUAUCAGGGGCACACUCCCGAUGCGUACUAUGAACGCAGUCGCGUUGAAGAGCUAGCAUAUACAACCGCCCAACGAGGGCGUUAUCACUAUAUUGAAGAACCAAGAAGCGUGGAAACACAAUACGACAACCCUGUCGAGUACGUGCCCGUGCGUGUGGCCGCUCGAGAGCCUGGAGAUUCCGGGACGUAUUUCGUUGAACGAACGGCGCAGGCGAGCAUCCCCAAAGACUACACCAGCUAUGAUAUAGAGGCCUCCCGUCAGCCAGUAUGCGACGGCCAGGUCCAGUCAUAUCACUCUCUUGCGCAGUCGCACGUCCUCGGUGAGCGCAAUGCCGUUCGGCUGGAUGGGAGUCUCCGAUAGCUUUUGAAUGAGCGAAACAUUUGUCGUGUAUAUAGUUUUACGGCUGCUGCUAGAAAAAGGCCAGCUCAAUGUAACUAAGAGGUAUACCCUGCCACUGACUUGAGACCAUUUCUCAGUUCUCUUUACUGUCCCAGUUACUAUACCACCCAGUAGUAUUACCAUG